GUCGAGCCACAGUUAACAGUAAACAUUGCAACUCGUAGUAUUGUGUUAAGGGUGCGUCUGUCAACAGUUUACGAGUGGGGAACCCGUAACAUCAAAGGUAAAGAUACAAGGAUCAUGCCUUGCCAAUCGGAAGGCACAGAAGGAUUAUCUUAAUACAGUGAAUGAGCAUUAUGAAUGCAUAUACCUAGUCAGACGUAGAAACAAUCUCACGGGAGACAAUCGGGGGAAGACACCGACUUUGAAGAAAAUUGGUGUCAACAUAAUAGUCCAAAUCUUUUGUAGAUUGGACAAGAUAUAGUGUACGAUAAUGGCGUCACAGAUCGUAACCAUUUUGUGUCUUAUGUUCUUGUGUGUCGUAUGUGUGUUGGGCUUCCUGCCUAACAGGUUCAACCUUGUGUCGUCUGACUUCACCCACCAGGACAUCACAGAGGCCGCCAUCUUGAGAUCUGUGGCGGAGAUGUUUCGGGGGACGACUUUGUCUGGGAAGUCUUCAAAAUCUGGAACACUCCUAGACUUUAAAGACAUAACAUCCAGCACAUUGUUUGAUGCGUACUAUGAUGGUACUGUGUCGGAGAAGCGGUUCCAGGAGGCCAUCGAUGACAUCGUGAAGGCCAACAACAGAGUGGACCAGGACCACUACACAGAGGCUGCCUGGCACGUCGGCGGGGAGGCCAUUAAAGAAGCAAACGACAAAAUCCUAUCACUACGGGGAACGGUAAUCUUCAUCCUGAACCAAACCAUGCCAGACUACAAGGCAGCUCGAGAUCUGAUUGGUCAGUUUCUACACAUUGUCCAGAUGUUCUACAGCAACACCAACUGGCCGGAACUCAAGGGAACAGCUGUCUAUGACUCUCUAGGCAUUCCUGGCAAACAGUUGAUGGCGCUAGCACCUUCCUCUAUGGACACGUGCAAAUCGUGUAGGGUCACAUCCGGAAACAACUGCACGGACAACAUGCUAGUUCGGGGCCCAAUGUUGACCAGUGGCUACAGAAGUGGACAAGACAGGACCAAACCUUUCAAAGAGCCACAGACGCACCAGACUGGCAAAUGUAGUCACGGCGGCCCCAACGACACGUCCAGCACGACGUCUGCUGCCACUGGCGGCAUCAACAAGGACAGCAGCGACCCCAACAUGUCCCCCCACUACUACCUCCACCACCAGGCGGCAGAGGGCGCUAUACGACACUCAAAGUUCUUUUUGGAUGAUCCGGUCUAUGGAUUACGCCAUCUAGUGGGGGAUGAUAAGUUCCAAAAACUCCUUCAAAUCAAGGCGGAUAGCUCCAUAAUGUUUGUGAUAGACUCUUUCGGAUUUACGAAGAAAGACAUGGCUUCUGUCAAAGCAGUGACAACUGUAAUUAUGGAGGGAACAUCGUCAGAAUACACAAACGAUCGCACAGAAUACAUCAUUAUGAUAGAAAGUGAGCCAGGAACCGGAAGUGUACAGAACGUGUACAGAUCUGGAAGCUCUGUAGGAGCUCUGCGCUACCUGGAUGCUCUCCCUGUGGAUGGAGGUCCAGCAUGUUGGCAGUUCAGCCUGCACAAUGUAGAAGCAGCUGCGAACUUCGCCUACCCAGAUUCUAGGGUCUACGUGUUCACAAAGGCUCCCCCAACAGACACAGAGAGAGCAAAUGACGUCAUCAAGAUCUUGACAGAGAAGAGAAUAACGGUUGAGUUCCUUCUCACUGGAGACUGGGCGUGCGAGGGAGAGAGGAAGGGGCGGCACGGAGAAGCCCGACGUCGGCGAUCAGCGGGUCUGGACCUUUAUUCAGGCCUUGCUACAGCUUCUGGGGGGUCCGUCUAUACAACAGACAAGGGGGGUGUCGCGAAAAUGGCAGACAUCAUUAAGGAAUCUACAACAUCCGGCACGACGAUUCUGAAGAUGUCUGUGGGUACAGCGACGGGGAGAUUGAUUGACAUCCCCAUUGAUAACACAAUCCGGGAAGUGACUAUCAAGAUCAUAGCAGAUACCGGCAAACCCACAGGCAAACCCACUAACACCCUGACCGACCCACACAAAACAGCUGUUGCCAUGACAACCUCAGGCAACGUCACCCUGAAGGAUCUAGGAGGAGGAGUUAGACUAAUUAAAAUAAAGUCUCCGCAACCCGGCGUGUGGCAUCUGACGAAGCAGGACAGUUUCCGUUGGGCCUUGGAGGUGACCGCACAGAGCACCAUCGACUUCAGCACCAAGUUUGUACAGACAAACCCCCUGAACGGAUUCCAGUAUGAGAUCACAGGAAGACCCAUUGCAGGUGAAAAGGCCACUGUUAUAAUAACAGUCCUAUCGAUUGACAAGAUAGGGGGAAUAACUCAGGUGGUUCUCACUGACAGUAAUGGUGCACAACUAGAGUCAUCUCCCUUGACUCAGGGAAGAGGCCGCGCUUCAUCGAUAUUCAAAGGCACAUUCACCCUCCCAGCAAAGGCAUUCCAAGUGACGAUACGAGGCACAGACGAGCUGGGGAACAUGCUGCAGCGACUAGAACCAACCAAGAUAACUCCUAUAGCUGUUAAGCUGGAGAUCGGUACACUUGCAGGGUCUCUGUACAUCAAGGAAGACCUGAAGAUCCCCUUCACUGUGACCAACACCGGGGACAGCAGGACCACCAUAGACGUGGACAUCACAGACGAUCAGGGAUUUGCUGUCAGUCCGUUAAAAAAGUCGUUCACACUAGCAGGAAACAGUAGCGCCACUGGGACCUUUACGUUGCAUGCUGGAAGCACGGUUGGAGUAACCACCACAGUGACGGUGUCAGCACAACCUUCUGGAGUAUCAGGGCACAGUCCGCAGUUUGAUACCCGCAGGAUCACUGUGGAGGAACACAUUGUCAGGAAAGUGGACAACAUGACCCCUGAGUGUAACGUGACCUCGGUGACCGGAAGCUGCAGUAUGGCUCAGAUGGACCCGUGUAGUUGUCACUUGUACACGUGGUCGGGGACGGCACAGUUCGGGGAUGUGGGUUUCGGGCUGUUCCAGAUCUCGUCCACCGUGGGGAAGACGGGCACCUUCACGUAUGACAACUUCACCCUGGGGCACACCAUUGACAAGGGGGCCAAGAAGGCAUAUAUAGGGAGCGACUGCUGCGACCCCGAGUCUUACAUCAACGUGGUCGACAUGGCCAGCAACACAGCGCAGUGUACGUUUGACCUGGCUCCCGGACUCACCAAACCCGUGUACGACUGUACGACGACAACGACGACGACGACGACAACGACGACAACAGCCGCUACCAACACAACUACAUCAUCCAGCAUGGAUGUGGAUGGGGUCUUGGGAAUUGGCGCCAUUGUAGGGAUAGCAGUGGGUGUGACAGCGGUGUUGGCUGCCACGAUAGUCACAGCUGUACUUAUCGGCAAGAGGUUCAUCUGCAUCACAAAGACAAGCGGCAAAGUGAAGACGAGUCAGCCUCCUACCGGCCAUACAUUGUAACACUGUGUCGCCAAAUGUAAACUGUCUGACAUUCUAAAUACCGUCUACCUACAGUGUAGUCACAACACUCUCAUAUGAUUUGAUGCCUUUUCUUUCUAAACUGUUGUUUUAUCUUUAACCUCUUUGUUUUAUCUUUAUCAUAUGCAGAUGUAGUGUUGUAACACGGAAAUACCAAAGUAUUGAACUGGAGCACUAACCUAAGCACAUUUAAUUUUCAUAUAUGGAAGUUUCGAACACACGCACGAAGCUCUGUAGCAUCUAAUUCAUUUAGAAAGGUUCCAUGUGUUUCAACAAAUUGUUCUUUAUAUUUACUUCCGGAUUGAUAGUCAUAUAUUUUCUCUUUCAAGUUAAUUCUUCGCACGAUCCGUUCAAAGAAUACGAUUAUGUUAUUACUAACGCAGUUACCUUUUUUGUUUAUUGCAGUAAUAUGACAAGGGUUUGUGUUCAGAAUUUACAAAACAAUAUGCUGUAUAUCGUAAGGUUUGUCCUGGUUGAAUAAAUAUUCGAUGUCAGAU